AUGGUCGACAAUCCCAGCAGCGAUCUUGUCGUCGAGCAGCCUGCUGACGCUCGCUCACCCAUGACCGUCAACAACUCGAAAGCCUCUAGCAAUAUGGAUCAAGAUAUUGCUCCCACCUUGUCCAAGGUUGGCUCUCAGACCAGUACCAUCGGCUUUGGGUCCACACACCCACCCAUCACCGAUGCUGCUCUUCAACAGGUUCGCUUGCGCCGUGCUUUGGGCGAGCGUACUAUCCAGAUGAUUGCCCUCGCAGGCACCAUUGGCACAGGUCUCUUCCUCGGUUCUGGCAAAGCACUCGCCACUUCUGGUCCUCUCUCGAUCCUGAUCUCGUACUCGCUCGUCGGUGUCAUUGUCUACCUUACCAUGAUAGCCAUGGGCGAAAUGGCUGCGCUUGUCCCCACCUCUGGUGCUUUUGGCGUCUUCACCACUCGCUUUGUGAGCGUUCAUGCAGGGUUUUCUGUCAAUCUGAAUUACUGGCUGAAUGACGCGAUCAGCGUAGCUUCAGACCUAACGGCGAUGCAGAUCCUGAAAAACUACUGGGUCUCCGACGACGUCUUUCCUGGCUGGGCCCUAUCUCUCAUUUCCCUCGCGUUCCUGAUUUCCGUCAAUGUUAUCUCUGUGCGCGGAUAUGCAGAGCUCGAGUAUCUUCUUUCGCUUCUCAAGAUUGCCACCAUCAUUGCCUUUAUCAUUGUCGGUAUCGUCGUCAAUGCCGGUGUCAAUGAUACCCAUUCUUACCUUGGUUUCAGGUAUUGGACCAUCGGCGAUGCACCCUUCGUCGGUGGUUUCGGUGGUUGGGUCUCCUCUUUCGUCACCGCUUCCUUUGCAUUCGGCGGAACCGAGUCCCUUACCAUCACCGCCGGAGAAACGCGCAACCCAUCCAAGACAAUCCCGAAGACCAUACGCAACGUCUUUUGGCGGAUCAUUCUCUUCUACAUCCUCGCCCUCUUCAUCAUUGGCAUCAACAUCCCUUACAACACCCCAGGGCUUAAGUCCAAGAACACCGCUGUCUCCCCUUUUACUCUCGUAUUCAAGCAGGCUGGCUCCCACGGCGCGGCUAGUUUCAUGAACGCCGUUGUUCUCACAUCAGCUCUGUCGGCUGGUAAUCACGCGCUUUAUGCCGGGACCCGGAUUCUUCAUUCAAUGGCAACAAACGGUCAGGCCCCCAAGAUUUUUGCGACUGUCUCCAAAAGCACUCGUGUACCUUGGGUUGCUCUGGCCUGUACAGCGAGCAUCUCCGGUCUGUGCUUCGGCUCGAGUUAUAUCGGCGCCGGCGACCUUUGGAACUGGCUACAGAAUCUUGUGGGUGUCAGCAAUCAGCUUUCCUGGGCCGCGAUUGGGGUCUCGUCCAUCCGCUUUCACAAAGCCGUCGUUAAGCAAGGGAAACAGUCGUCACUUAUCUACAAGAAUUGGACGCAACCGUGGGGUCCUUACGUUGCCGUCAUAGGCUCUGUUCUCAUGAUCCUCGUUCAAGGAUGGACCGCCUUCAAGCCUUUUAACGUCUCGGACUUUUUCUCUUACUAUAUCGAGCUCGUCUUCUUCGCAUUAGCAUUCUUAGGAUGGAAGCUGUGGAAAAAGACUAAGCUGAUCCCAAUCGAAGAGGUCGAUCUCUACACGGACACUGUUCAGUACGAAAAAGAUCUUCGAAGAAGGAGAAGGGAUCUCAUCAGGGACGGUGCCGGUGACAAGUUACCCGUCUUGCUCGAAGACGAGGAAAUGCCGGAGGAUGACGAUGACCGAGAGGCACAGAAGGAGCAGGAGAAGGACCAGAAGCAUCGAGAUAAGAAGCAAAGGUUCAAAGCGAUGGCAAGUAGGGCUUCUCAGUAUCUGUGCUUUUAG